AUGGCAUAUUCUAGUUUUCUUGUAGUCUCCUCUCUUUUAGCUUUCCUUUCACUUCUCUUCUUCAAUGGGGUCGUGUCCAUUCAUGCUGCUUCCCCAGAUGACGCCACUUCCACCAUCUGCAAGAAAGCUACAAAUCCUUCUUUUUGCUUUAACGUCUUGAAAUCUGUUGGCACCACAGACCUAAAAGGACUGGCCAUCUUCACCCUCAACCUCGCCCACGACAAGACUAUUGGAAACCGUGCCCUCGCCCAGUCCCUAGCGUCCAAGGUCGCGGAUCCCGAGCUUAAGGACCGCUAUGACACUUGUGUCGAACGCUACAACGAUGCCGUCAAGGACAUCGAGGGUGCGAAGGGCUACUUGGGGAAAGGUGACUACAAUGGCCUUAACAUUAAGGCGUCUGCCACCAUGACGGAGGCCGGCGACUGUCUAGACAGCUUCACACAGCCGCUGAAGGACCCAUCGGCGCUGUCGGGCAACGGGGAGGCUAUGGAAAAUAUUUGUAGUAUCAUCUUGGUUAUAGCCAAUCUUAUUCUUGGGCUUGCCUAACUCCUUU